AUGGCUUGGAGGGGGAAGGACGGCGCGGCUCUGCGGUGGCGGCCCUGUCUCGUGGUCUUGGUGGUGGUGCUGGGGUGGACCGAUGGAACGCGCGGUGAUCACGUGACAGCGGCGGUGGAUGGGGAGGUGGGGGGCGGAGUGGGGGGCAAGGGGGUGGUGACGUACGGCGGGAGCGGAGUGGAGGACGUGGAGGAGGGGGACCUGCACGUGGAGGAGUCCAUCUCGGCUCCUAUUUACGUCACCAUUGUCCAAACUAACAAUGAUGGGGACCCCUUCCUCCACUACCCCCCACCUCCACCACCUCCACCUCCUCCUCCACCAAAAUAUCAUCCGAAACCUACUCUUCCUCCACCUCCUCCACCUCCUCCUCCUCCAAAGUAUCACCCACCUUCCCCUCCUCCUCCUCCACCUCCUGUUUACCAUCCAGUAGCGCCUUACCAUCCACCACCACCACCACCACCUCCACCUCCACCUAAAUACAAACACAGCAUAGAGGUGGACACAAAAUACUACCACGCGUCCGAUCCACAUGAACCAAGCUACCACAAACCACAUUUCUACCAAGAGGACGUGUUUGUCGGCAACUUCCACCACCCGCCUCCACUCCCACCACCGCUACCACUACCCAAGCACCCUCACCCACACCCAUAUCCACCUCUUCCACCCUACCACCCCCCAGUCACAUCUUACCACCACGUUGAUGUGAAGCACGCAGACACCCACCAUCCACCUAGUUAUGGCUACCACCUAGAUGUCCACGAUAGAGUAUUGGGGCAUCCAGGGCCACUUGCAGACCUCCACCCGCUCCACCCGGCCUCCCACGUUCCACUAGCCUACAAGGAGCCGAUCGUGAGGGUCAAAAAGGAGUACCGCAAGGGCGCCAGGUCGUUCGAAGCUUCAGUGGAUCAUCUAGAAGACCUCAAAGUUGACAGGGAACGACUCUACGACGACCCCCCGCACUAUGGCUUCGUCAAGGCCAAAUAUGAAAGUCACGACCACGUUCCGCCCAAGGCCACGACCUACGUCCGCCACCACCACAGGUACGACGGAGACUACUUGAAGGGGUACGACCACGGCCACGGGUAUGACCACAAAGAUGAGCUUGUCUACGACCAUCACAAAGACGACUACAAGGAUGACCACCACGAGUACGAGCACCCCAAGGACGACUACAAGGAUGACCACCACGAGUACGAGCACCCCAAGGACGACUACAAGGAUGACCACCACGAGUACGAGCACCCCAAGGACGACUACAAGGACGACCACCACGAGUACGAGCACCCCAAGGACGACUACAAGGAUGACCACCAUGAGUACGACCUCCCCAAGGACGACCACGCGUACGACCACAAAGAUGACCUUGUACACGACCACCACAAGGACGACCACAAAGAUGGCUACGUGUAUGACCCUCCCAAGUACGACCACAAGUACGACCACAAAGAUGGCUACGUGUAUGACCCUCCCAAGUACGACCACAAGGACGAGCAUGCAUACGACCACAAGAAAGAUCACCUGUACGACCACCAUAAGUACGACCACCACGUGUACGACCCCCCCCAGUACGACCACCACGUAUACGCCAAGGAGUACGAGGGAUACAACGACCACUACCACCAUCUCCUCCACCACUACUACAAGUACGAGAACGACCACUACGACCACCCUAAGGAAACGACCCUGGACGACUACUACCACCACCACCACCACCACCUUCACCACGACUACCUCAAAGUCACGACCAUCUCCAGCACGACCAAGGACGAUGACGACUACGACUCAGACUACCCGCACUACCACCACCACCACUAUCACCUCCAUCACCACCACCAUCACCACCACGAUCAUUGCCUUGACCCCUAUGACUGUCCUGACCUCUCUUCCCCUUCCUACGACCUGGACGACCACCACCACCACACCCCCCUCCCCCCACCCCUCCCCUCGCUAGAAGAUGCGGACCCUGAGAUUCUAAACCCCUCCUCCCCCCUCCCUGAACUACCCCCUUACUACGACAUCUCCCCAGUAAGUCCCAAUGACGACCCCCUCCUCCCCUCCCCUACGACCCUGACGCCACGACUCUCCCCCUUCAGGCUGGCUAAAGGACAAAGUGGAGAACUGCUACAGCGCCCUCGGUCACGCCUAACACGCCCACAAGCCUCUUCCACCACUCCUCCUCCCUCUCCUCCACCCUCCCCUCUUCCACAACCCUCCACCAGCCUCCCACCCAAGCCCACGGAGGAAGUUGAUACGGAGGUGGAGUUUUUCGCCACAGUUGCCCUUCUUCGCCUUACCACGACGACUCAAGCCUCGGAACCGGUGAGUGAAGCAAUUGAACCGGACUCGAAAAAUGCUUUAGAAAUGGUGAAAUAUGAAGGCGCCAUCUUCCCUGCCCACCCAGCUGUCUCUUUCUCUCCCACCUCGCUUACCACACCAGGAAAUAAAGCUUUUGUACCCCCCCAGACUUCAUUGUACGGUAGUGGUGUUGGUAUGCAAGGUAAUCGAUCCUCUCCAGCCUCAAUGUACGGUAAUAGUGUUAAAAUGUACGAUGUAAAAACAGAGUCCAGUUCCGUGACUCUUGUUGCGGACCAACAGUUCACACCCUCAGCAGGCGACACAGCACAGCCAGCAGCCUUGUAA